CAAACCUUUGCAUUCACUUUCACUUUCACUUUCACUUUCACUUUACCAUAGACCUUCUGUUAUCAUUUUCUCGUUAAACUAUUCAAUAAAAACUCGCCAAGUUAUCUAAAGUCAACUCAUCCUAACUGAGAAGAUGACGUGGCACCCAUUCCUUUUGUCCCCUUGUAAUUACUAAGCAAACGGCAACACCUGAGUUUCCGUCAAACACGUUUUGGCCUUGUACACUUGAGGUUACUAGCUUUUCUGUUUGCUUCUUUCUCUCUCGUAUCACUCCUUUGAGAGCUAUACAGCAAAAGCUUCAGUUUUUCUGCUAAAUAUGGCUGGGAGAAAGCAAAGGAAGCUUAAAUUGUUAUCUGAAACAGCAAAUGGGGAUGAAAGAACGGCAUCUGAAAAGGGGAGGGAGAGAUUGGAGCCGCAAACAUGGUCUGAUCUUCCUGUAGAACUUUUGGAAUUGAUUAUGUCCCACCUAAAACUAGAGGAUAACAUUCGAGCAUCUGCUGUCUGCAAGUGGUGGCACAAGGUUGCAAUUUCUGUCCGGGUUGUGAAUCAAUCACCGUGGCUAAUGUACUUUCCAAAAUAUGGUAACUUGUAUGAGUUCUAUGAUCCGUCAGAGCGCAAAACCUACUCCAUUGAGCUUCCAAAGUUGCAUGGAUCCAGGGUUUGUUACACUAAAGAUGGUUGGUUGUUGCUAUACAGACUCAGAAAUCACCGAGUAUUCUUCUUUAAUCCCUUCACAGGGGAGAAGAUUAAGCUUCCUAGAUUUGAGUUGACAUAUCAAAUAGUUGCCUUCUCUUGUGCCCCAACAUCUACCAGCUGUGUGGUUUUUACAAUUAAGCACGUCAGUCCUACCAUUGUUGCUAUCAGCACGUGCCAUCCUGGGGCAUCGGAGUGGGCCACUGUCAAUCACCAGAAUCGCUUGCCAUUUGUUAGUAGCAUCUGGAACAAACUUGUAUUCUGCAAUGGAAUGUUUUAUUGUCUUAGUCUCACUGGUUGGUUAGGGGUUUAUGAUCCACUGGAGCAUACUUGGAGUGUUCUUGCUGUGCCUCCACCGAGAUGCCCGGAUAACUUUUUUGCUAAAAAUUGGUGGAAGGGAAAAUUUAUGGCAGAGCACAAUGGAGAUGUCCUAGUUAUCUAUACAUGUUGUGCUGAGAACCCCAUUAUAUUUAAACUGGAUCAGUCAGAAAAGGUAUGGGAAGAAAUGCAAACCCUGGAUGGUCUGACACUAUUUGCAAGUUUCUUGUCAUCUCAUUCAGGAACUGAUCUCCCUGGAAUAAUGAGGAACAGUAUCUACUUCUCUAAAGUUCGUUUCUUCGGAAAGCGCUGCAUAUCAUACUCGCUUGAUGACUGUAGAUACUAUCCCCGUAAACAGUGCUAUGACUGGGGAGAGCAAGACCCCUUUGAGAACAUAUGGAUCGAACCACCCCAGGAUGUCUCAUCCUUCAUCUGAAGAACACUAGUAGUACAAAUAUAUAAAGGAGUGGUAUAAGACCCAAGUUAAUGGAGUUAGCUCUUGAACUGAAGCUUCAAUGAAGUAGAGUUCAUGGAAGAAGGAAGUUUAAUUCAUUUUCUG